UGCAUGUCAGUGCCACCUAUCAGUGCCAGUCAGUGCUGCCUAUCAAUGCCAUCAGUGCCGCCUAACAGUGCCAGUCAGUGCCGCCUAUCAGUGCCGCCUAUCAGUGCUGCCUUUCAGUGCCCAUCAGUGAUGCCUGUCAAUGCCCAUCAGUGCCACCUACCAUUGCCUCCUCAUCAAUGCCCAUCAGUGCCACCUAUAAGUGUCCAUCAGUGCAUCUUAUCAGUGCUCAUCACUGCAGCCUCAUUAGCGUACAUCAGUGAAGGAGAAAAAUCACUUAUUUACAAAAUUUUAUAA